GACGAUUUUCUUUCUAUUUUUUUUUUUAUGGAUAUAAAGAAUUCAGAAAUCAACGGAAAUUGCCAGAUAUUAGUUUUGAUUCCUGAGAAAGAUGCUGAAUAUUUAAUGGUGUUCGUACAUCCUUUAGGGCGUUGUCUCCGAAUGUGUUAUCUAGAGAUUGGGUGUGGUUGAGAAAUUGCCAUCUUCCAUCCUUCCACAAUGAUUUCGGUCAGUCAGAUGAAAAUCCAUGGGAAACAAAGUUGUCACUUUUACAGAAGAACAGCUCGAAGACUAUCAAGACUGUACAUUUUUUACUAGGAAGGAAAUAUUGAGGGUACAAAAGAGGUAUCGAGAAUUAGACCCUCAAAACGUUCCUCAGGUUAUGACAGGAGAUGAAGCGCACACAGUUGUUGUUUCUUUGGAGAAAGUGGAGAAAAUGCCUGAACUUAAGGAAAAUCCAUUUCGUCAGAGAAUAUGUAAAGUAUUUUCCCAUGAUGGAAGUGGUAACAUGACUUUUGACGAUUUCUUGGACAUGCUUUCGGUGCUCAGCGAACAAGCUCCGAGAGAUAUAAAAGUCGUCUACGCUUUCAAAAUUUACGACUACGAUGGAGAUCAAUUUAUAGGAAAUUACGAUCUUCAGCAAGCUGUGGUGGCUCUAACUAAAAAUGAACUAACGCCCGAAGAAGUGCAGCUUGCCUGCGAAAAGGUUUUAGAGGAGGGUGACGUUGAUGACGAUGGAAAAUUAUCAUUUAUGGAAUUCGAACACGUGAUUUCUAGAGCACCGGAUUUUCUCAGCACUUUUCACAUAAGAAUCUAAAGAAUGGAUCUAAUAGUUCUGGCUGGACCAAGAAUCAACAUAUCAGUAUUAGAAUAGGAUUAACAGUUUAAAUUUAAAAAGAAUUCGACACGGUUUAGAGAAUUAGAAUAUUAAAAUUAAAGUUUAAUCUUCUAAGCUACGUUUAGGUAUAUUUUACCCUACAUAAAAGUUUAAACAGAAUCUAGUCAUACAACAUAUUUUUUCUCAUUAGCUAUUAUAAAUGUCCAAAAAUAUAUUUUUUAAAAAACGUAGGAACUUAUCUUCAUUGAGGUUACAGAGAAAUGGGUCAUGGAUCUAAUGUUCGUCUUGCGAGACACGUUUAAAAAUCACUAAUUUAAAGAAUGUUAAAAGAAUGAAACCUGAAAAAUAUAUCAUUUUAUGUCUAAAGUAUACAUAAACGUCUCUAAUUUAUAAAUAAAAAUGUUUCUUUCACCAUUGAAAAUCAUUACAUAAAGCGAUUUUAACGUUGAAUUAUAUCAGCGCAUAACAAAGAAAUUACUCAUGCUUAUAAUAAGUAAUGCUUUUAUGCUUAACCCACGCUAAUGAGAAGCGAUUAUUAUGAAAAAAAAAAUAAUAAUAAUAAUAAGGUUAUGAUUCUAAGAAUAUUCCCUUUCGUAGAAACAUGAGAAAUUAAGCAUUGAUUCCAUUAACACGAGCUCGAAUGCAUUUUAAUUUUUCUGCUGUAUAUAAAGGUAUUUAAAAAAUACUUUAACAAGACUGAAUAAUUUUUAAAUUCGUUAUUCAAAGGGACGUAAUAAUAAAAAUUUGAAAUAUUUAUUUUUAGUCGUUCAAAACUCGUUUAGAAAAGCGACAUGAAAGAUCCAAAACUAUGUCACUUGGCACGACAUCCAGAAUGUAAAAAAAAAAACUUGUUAAAUCUUACAAAAAAAAUAUCCCUAACAUUUUUCGUCUUUAUUUUAAAUAAUAUUCAUCAUUAUUGUAUUUUAAAGAUGCUAUCUGUAUUAACCUUGAAAGUCGCAAUGUUAAGGACAAGGACAAUUCUAUAGAAAAAGGAUGGUCGCAUCACGACCGUUGUGAUGUCAUUCAAGGGAAAGUUUUUAACCUAUUGUCUCCGAGACGACAUUUUUAACCUUUAUCUUACCUUAUACUUUCACUUAAAAUUACGUAAUCCUCUUACAAGCUAUCCAAUUAAAGUUUAUUUUAUUUUAUUUUAUUCCUGUUUCUGAUAUAUCUGUCUGUCUGUCCUCACUUUUUCCAAAAAACUAAACAUAUUUAAAUCUUCUGUACAUGAAUACAGUUAAAUAAAGUUGAAAAAUUCUA